AUGGAAGAAGUUGAAGACCCUUACGAAGCCUUAGAAUCUGAUUGGAGUCAAGAGGAAGACUUGAACCAAGGCUUGYCWRAUGAAGAGGCUGAACMUGWGGAAACCCCAUGGUAUGAGGAUUACUCGGAGUCUGAUUUCAAUGAUGAACCGGGCGGAGAAGACUUCGAACUAGAGCCACCAGACCAUGGCAUAUACAACACAAGUCAUCAAAGUUGGUACGAAGAAGAAACUAACCAGGAAGAUGAGUCAUGGCGCAAUGAAACUGAUUCUGAAAUCAGUUAUGAGGAUGAACCAKAUCGUMGUAAGGAAGAAUMUGAGUUUGAAGRUGACUACKAAGAAGAGGCUAACCAARMGCGUGAGGAUAGAGAACCCCUAGGAGAAGAUUAUUUCAGCAAUGAGACAUACCCCGGAGAACUCAAUCAUGAUGGAGAGACAUCCAACAAAGAUAAACGAUGGUGUGAAGAGAAGAAUUCUCAAGAUAGCCUAGAAGGCACCGAGCAAUAUGGUGAAGAAACUUGGCACCAUGAGGCUGAAUCUGAGGCAAGCUUUGAAGGUGAAUCAUAUUAUGGAGAAGAAGAUCACGAACCAAGGUACAUCACCUUUUCAGGUCAUGGCCACGGGCCUAAGGCGUGUUCGAGAUGGGUGAGAGAUAUGGAAGAAUGGUUUUCAUCUAGCCAAAUCUCCGAGGAAGAGAAGAUUAAUUGUGCAGAGACUCUGACCGAAGAUGCCUUUAGGCAUUGGGAUCGAGAUGCAUACCAGCAACUUGAGUAUGAUGAAACAGCUGCCACUUGGGAGGAGAUGAAGCAGCUCAUAAGUGAUGAGUUCGUUAGAGAUGUUGACAACAUGUGUCAAUAUUACUCACGAAUAUACACCAAUCUUGAGCCAACAAGAUGGAUCCUAGCCACUAGUCCAAAACCGAAGGCUACACCUAAGAGAUAUUGCAGUCCUAAGCCAAAGAAAGUGUCAACACACGUUCUAAAGGAGAGACCAAAGUCAACAAUUCAAGCAAAGGAUGACACUCUAAAACCAGUUAAUCAAGUCGUGCCUCAAAAGCCAAGUCCAUCGGCGUGA